GUUCGACAUUACAUAGGAUUAUUAAUAAAGCGUCUCGUAUCCGUGUUUGUCUCUCUCUCCUCUGCUCGCUGCUUGCUCGAAGAGCUUCGGAGGGCAAAGUUCACCAAUCCAUGGAUGCAUCUCGGAUCGACGUCUUUGAGAUUUAUCGAAGAUACUGUGAGAUAAAAUCAGGACAUGCAUAUGUUACUGGGGAAGAAGGGUACAGGCAAGACAGUGACCUUCAGAAGGCUAAGGUCUCAAGGGAGGCACUCACACAGCUCUCAAAAUUGGUGGAGUCUCGAGUUAGUGCAGGGGUAACAAUUUUUGAUGAACUUUCAAUGCUCAUGUCACGGUUGGAUUUGACGGUGGACUUUUCAGAAUUCUCUCGGUUCUAUGAUUUUGUUUUCUUCAUGUGUCGUGAAAAUGGUCAAAAGAAUAUUACUGUAAGCAGAGCAGUAAUGGCAUGGAAAUUAGUUCUUGCUGGGCGGUUUCAUCUGCUUCAUCCAUGGUGUGACUUUGUUGAGAAAAAUCAACGAUACAACAUCUCCGAGGAUACCUGGCAACAGGUUCUAGCUUUCAGCUGGUGUACCCGUGAUAGUCUGGAAGCAUAUGAUCCUGAAGGUGCUUGGCCUGUUUUAAUAGAUGAUUUUGUUGAGCAUAUGUACAGGGUGCAAGGAUCAUAUUAUGACAAUUCCAACUGCCAUUGUAGCUGUGGUGAUCCAGAAUCUCAGUCAUAUGUUUUUGAGGACCCCCUUCCUGGACUGAGAAGUUUUUCUAGUCUAAAGAGGAAGUUGCCUGAGGACUCGAGAAAAAAUGAUGAUAUGGAAUCCAGUGACAUGAUCUUUUCAAAUUGUAAAAGAAGUAGAGCUCAUGAUGCAGAUCCAGCAGGGAACACAGCAGAGGAAUGUAUGGAAACCAGUAGACAUAACAGCCCAUUGUGUUCAUCUAUGUCCCCAUGUGCAGUUGAAGGUUGUCUGUCUAAGGGAUUUGCAGGACUGCUUUCAACGCGUUCCUAUGUGGAUUUUGGUAGGGAGAGAAGGGCUUCCUUUUGAUGAAGUCAUGAAGCACUCCCCUUAUAGUUAAAGAGGUACAUAGAAGUUUCUUUUGCUAGUUGAUAUCUGUUGAUGUAUUCAUUUUGAAGGGGCUACAAUCACAUGAGUCUAGUUUCUCAAUCAAUAUUCGUGGCAUUGUAUUUGUAACAUCGUCAUGGUGAGUGUUAAAUAACUGUCCAUUGCCUUUGAUAAAAUCAAUAAAACUAUAAAAGUGUUGUGUUUUAUUUCAA